GGCGACGCCAUUUUGGGGGAGGAGCGUCCGUCCGCCCGGAAGCAGCGGGGAGUCACUGUCGGUAAAUUUUUCAUACAUCAAAGUAAGGAAAGCUGAGAUGGCAAUAUCUGUUGAAGGCUGAAAAUGAAAGAUAGUGAACCUGAUGAAGUGGAUAAACUGAAGUCAAAAUUUAUGUCUGCAUGGCACAAUGUGAAGUAUGGCUGGGUUGUGAGAACCAAAACAAAGUUUAGUAGAAACUCGCCUGUCUUUUUUGCUGGGAAAUGCUAUCAUUUCAAGUCAGAGGGAAUAGAUGAGAGUGCAUCAGGCUGCACAGAUGCAGUUACAAACACUGAACUGAUUUCAGGUAACGUGCAUCAGUUCCGUAAGGACUUCAUCACUAGGAUUUGGCUAACAUACCGCUGUGAGUUCCCACAGUUAAAAGGAUGCACUCUCACAACAGAUUGUGGCUGGGGCUGCACCCUGAGGUCUGGUCAAAUGUUGUUAGCACAAAGUCUUCUGCUCCAUUUUCUUGGUCGAGAUUGGGUCUGGGCAGACGUGCCACAAAUAGUUCCCUUGGAAUCUGAGUUAUUCAAAUCCAAGACAUCCGAGUCUGAUGAUGAUGCAGGUUUUACCUUCCUGCCACCUUUAGAAAAAGCACUACAGGACACAAGUGAACAACCGGACUUAUCAAGUAAUGAAAAACGAUCUCUAAAUCCAGUCAGUACAACGGAUGAGGAUGAAAAAUUGCACAGAACUAUAAUCACUUGGUUAGGGGACAAUCCAGCAGCAACAUUUGGAAUACAUAAACUGAUAGAGUUGGGUGAAAACUCUGGCAAGCGAGCUGGGGAUUGGUAUGGCCCAUCUGUAGUUGCACACAUUUUAAGGAGAGCAGUGGAAGAUGCAGUGGAGCCCGAGCUGCAAGGAAUAACAGUUUAUGUUGCUCAGGACUGUACGGUUUAUAUUGCUGAUGUAAUGGAAAAACACUUACAAACUGUUGAAUGUGGAAUACCAAAUUCAUCGGACAGGAAUGCUGUUGUUAUCCUAAUACCGGUGAGACUUGGAGGAGAGAAGGUCAACCUGGAAUACAAAGAGAUUGUAAAGGGGAUCUUGAGUCUUGAGUUCUGUGUUGGAAUCAUUGGCGGGAAGCCAAAGCAGUCUUUCUACUUUGUGGGAUUUCAAGAUGACAGUUUAAUUUACAUGGAUCCUCAUUACUGCCAAUCAUUCGUGGAUGUCAGCAUGGAGGAUUUUCCACUUGAGUCCUAUCACUGUCCAUCUCCAAAAAAGAUGCCAUUUGGUAAAAUGGAUCCCAGCUGCACAAUAGGACUUUAUUCAUCCAGCGAAUACUAUUUUGAACAAAUAAUUGAUGAAGUAACAAAGGUUUUGAACUCUCCUUCUUCCAAGGAGAAAUAUCCACUAUUUACUUUUUCAAGGGGGCAUGCUAAGGAUUAUGAAGUUGAUAAACAUUGCACACUGAAAACUGAAUCAGCAGCACAGGACUCCGGGACUCGGAGGAGGAAAGCGGAGAGGUUGAGUAAUGAAGAAUUUGUUUUGUUGUAACAGAACUGCACAGUAACUACAAUGGGGUUUCCUGCCAUUGCUGGCAGAAACAAUGGGUGCCUAUUAAUAUUGAUGGAUAAUCUGUGAUGAGAGCUUGAUAAUUUUAAAAAGUUUGUAAAAGUAUAUAUUUACUGUGUAUAAAAAUGUAAACUUCAGUGUCUUUUUUGUAAUUUACUAUAAAUAAAAUUGUGUAAAUAGUUUUUCCACAGCUAAACACUUUUUUCCUAUGAUUUUCUUCAUGCAUCUUUAUUUUCUUCACCUCGUGAAGUUAAAUCAAAGCCAUUUAAGAUCAGAAAAAGAAUUAUUAUGGAGACAUUGUGAUGGGAUUAAUAAAUGAAUCAGUAAUCAUGCACUAGCCAAAAAUUCUCCAGUUAUCCUGCCUCAGUUUGAACAAACUCCCUUACAUUUAUGUAGUCUCCUCCUUGACCUUGCUGGUAUGGGCUUGAAAUCAUGACUGAUUGGUAGCCUAACUGCAUUUACCUGCAUCCCCCUUUUAUCUCUUAAUACAGUUAGUAUCAAAAACCAGUCUCUGAUUUAAAGUUAAUAAUUGACCAUUGUCAUUUGUGAAACUUCCUAGUUUCUACCACCCUCUGCAUAGAGUAUAAUCAUAAUGAAAAAAAGAAAAUGAUGGACAUGCAGGUUAGCAUAACGCUACUACAAUGCCAGUGACCCAGGUUCAGUUCUGGCCACUGUCUGUAAGGAGUUUGUAUGUUUGCCCCGUGUCUGCAUGGGUUUCUUCCGGGUGCUCGGGUUUCCUCCCACAUUCCAAAGACGUACAGGUUAGGAAGUUGUGGGCAUUCUAUGUUGGCGCUGGAAGCGUGGCGACAGUUGCGGGCUGCCCGCAGAACACUCUACUCUAAAGAUGCAUUUCAAUGUAUGUUUUGAUGUACAUGUGACU